GGAGGACAGCCUCACCAGCAGCCUGAGCAGGAGCUGGGAGAAGGGAAGUUUCAUGCUCUUCACACUGCAGGGAGAACCUCUUUGCGUAAACUCUGCUCGUAGGUUAUUAACAUCCUGCAGCAAGUCAUCACUUCAGCCUAAAUGUUUGUGGAAGAAAUAAGCAAUACAUGAAACUGGAUGAAAUUAAAUUUUACGUCUAUUCAUUUGGGACCCUGAUGAGUGAUACACAGAGAGAGCUAGAAGAUGGUGAAUUUCACAGAGAAUGCAACUGAGAAUUGCACUAUUAAUCAUGAUAUCCACCAGACAUUAUCCCCUGUGGUAUACAUAUUUGUAUUUAUAUUAGGCUUGCCAGCUAACUGCCUGUCACUGUACUAUGGGUAUUUACAGAUCAAGGCUAAAAAUGAAUUGGGUAUCUACCUUUGCAAUUUGACUGUAGCAGACCUGCUCUAUAUAUUUUCUUUGCCUUUUUGGCUUCAGUAUGUUUUACAGCAUGACAAUUGGACCUACAAUGAGCUCCUGUGCAAAAUUUGUGGCAUCCUCUUGUAUGAGAAUAUCUAUAUCAGUGUGGGCUUCCUCUGCUGCAUCUCCAUUGACCGCUAUCUCGCAGUAGUGCACCCUUUUCGUUUUCAACGGUUUCGGACAAUGAAGGCUGCUGCAAUUGUGAGCAUCAUUAUCUGGACCAAAGAAAUAAUGACAUGCUGCUUUGUCUUUACGCAUGGGGAGAUCAGUAUGGAUGCUGAGAGCCACGUGGUGUGCUUCGAGCAUUACCCCAUCAAAGAAUGGGAGCACAAUGUCAAUUACUACCGCUUCUCUGCUGGCUUCCUUUUCCCCUUCUUUCUGCUGGCCUUCUCUUACUGUGGGAUUUUACGAGUUGUCCAUAAGAGUCAUGGCACUCAAAAGAAGAAGAAAAUCCAGAUUAAACGACUGGUUUCAAGCACUGUUUUAAUUUUUUUAGUUUGCUUUGGACCAUACCACAUCCUACUUGUGGUUCGCAGCUUGUUGGAGAACAACUGCUUAUUUGCUGAGAAAAUAUUUAAUAUUUACCAUGUUUCUCUCCUGUUGACUACCUUUAACUGUGUUGCUGAUCCAGUAUUGUACUGUUUUUCCAGUGAAAGCACUUCCCAGAACUUUGCCAAGAUGCGAGACUCUUGUUUAACAUGUUUAGGGUGUCUGAGGACUGAGACGAAGGAAUCCUAUCUGCUGAAUGCUCCAGAAACUCCCAGCAGGCCACAGCAACCAGGGUUAUUACAAAUAUCACAUGAUGGUACUGGACUGAAGGACUCCUCCACAACUAACAUGGGCAGCCUGUAGCAUUCAUCAAAAAAAGGACAUUAAUCUAAAAUCUGCAGUUAUGGCCGUGUUUGUGUAUCCGUCUGAUUUAUCCAUGUAUUACAAGUGUUACCUCCCAAAGGCUUAUUAGCAAUGCAGUACAGUGAGGUUGUUUCCGGAGGUGCUUGGACCUUGGCAAUAGUGAGGAAAGCACAUGCUAAGUCAGUUCAGUAACAAUUACACGUCUGUUGUCAUUAUGGUACAACUCAAAACCUGUUGUCUUGAUGACUGCAUUGACUGGAAUAAGCUAGUACUCAUGGCGUGUGGUUCUGUUGAAUUCAUCUUUGACUGCUUUCUCUUUGCCCCUGUAGCAUCUAGAGAAAAUAAUUACCUACAAGCUGUCAUCAUCUGUCAAAAAGGUUGGAGAUAGAACAAAUUAAAUGUCCCCAUAUAUAUUUUUAAAAAGAAAAAAUACAAAAAAUUGCAUUUCUGCAACAUUUCUUUAACUCUCUGGAAUAACUUCUCCUUCAGCCAGUUUCGAGGCCUGCAGAGACUGUGCCAGAACCAGCCUCCUAAAACAACCAGUCCAAUAAUGUCAGAUGUUCUGGGAGAACAUGCACAAGGAACUUAGCAUCUGCUGAGACCUUUAGUCUGUUGAUUAACUGUUGAAUCUCAGACUGUUGAACCUCAUCAUAAAGCUCCUAUUGACUUUCAGAGGUAUGAGAACUCUUGGCUCCAAUGGGGAUAAAUAAUUUGGUCUGUUGACUUGGAAAAGAACAGGAGGUUGGUAGUACGUGAGGUGCUUUGAACCCAUGUGCUUCUCUGUGUCACUGUGUUCAAAGACAAAUUUACUUACAUCUAAAUAAUACUACACCUUGCUAAGGUUUUGAUUGUGUCCUUUGCAAUUUGCGUGUCUUGUGCAGCAUAGAACAUGCAGGCAAUUAAAUAACAAUGCAUUUGUCAGGGAAACUGUUACAUGGAUUCUGUUUAAACUCUGUUUUCUCCCACAGAUACUAUAGCUUAGGGUUUGGUCCUUGUUCAGUAAAUACAGUAUCAGAAAUAUGAUGUAUGAAUGAUCUAUGUUUCCUGGUUUAGAAAUAAAAUACAGGAAUAAGUGGAGAUAAUGGCAGUCAAAGAUGUAGAAGUUGUGCUCUAUAGUAUUGUUUCUACCACCAUCUCCUCUCUAGGUUUUUUUCUUCUUUAUUAUACUAAUUAAUCCUGUAUGAUGAUUCUUUGUGAUCUGCUCAUCAUACCUUCUUGUAUCUGUAACUGUUACACCAUGAAUACUGCCUUGUCCUUUCACUUCUCUGGUUUCAAAUUU